AUGUCCUCCAAUCGUGUUCUAGACUUGUUCAAGCCCUUCGAGUCCUUCCUGCCGGAAGUGAUUGCUCCGGAGAGAAAGGUCCCUUACAACCAGAAGCUCAUCUGGACAGGUGUUUCGCUGUUGAUCUUUUUAAUCCUGGGCCAGAUCCCGCUGUACGGGAUCGUGUCCAGUGAAACCUCGGACCCUCUGUACUGGUUGCGUGCCAUGCUGGCCUCCAACCGUGGUACGCUGCUGGAGCUGGGUGUCUCGCCCAUCAUCACGUCGUCGAUGAUCUUCCAGUUCUUGCAGGGCACCCAGCUGUUGCAGAUCAGGCUCGAAAACAAGCAAGACAGAGAGUUGUUCCAGAUUGCCCAGAAGGUGUGCGCCAUCAUUCUGAUUUUGGGCCAGGCGCUCGUGGUCGUCAUGACGGGCAACUACGGUGCGCCCUCUGACCUUGGACUCCCCAUCUGUUUGUUGUUGAUUUUCCAAUUGAUGUUUGCGUCGCUGAUCGUGAUGUUGUUGGACGAGUUGCUGUCCAAGGGCUACGGUCUAGGCUCCGGUAUCUCUCUUUUCACCGCGACCAACAUUGCUGAGCAAAUCUUCUGGAGGGCCUUUGCCCCCACCACGGUCAACUCCGGUCGUGGCAAAGAAUUCGAAGGUGCCGUGAUCGCCUUUUUCCAUCUUUUGGUUGUCAGGAAGGACAAGAAGAGGGCCCUUGUGGAGGCCUUUUACCGUUCCAACCUGCCCAACAUGUUCCAGGUCUUGAUGACCGUGGCCAUCUUCCUGUUUGUGCUGUACUUGCAGGGCUUCCGCUACGAACUGCCCAUCAGGUCCACCAAGGUGAGAGGUCAAAUCGGUACCUACCCAAUCAAGCUGUUCUACACUUCCAACACCCCCAUCAUGUUGCAAAGCGCCUUGACCUCCAACAUUUUCUUGAUCUCGCAAAUCCUCUUCCAAAAGUACCCCACCAACGCGUUCAUUCGUCUGAUCGGUGUUUGGGGCAUCAGGCCGGGCACCCAGGGCCCUCAAAUGGCCUUGAGCGGGUUGGCAUACUACAUCCAGCCAUUGAUGUCCGUAUCCGAUGCCAUCUUGGACCCAAUCAAGACCGUUGUCUACAUCACUUUUGUUUUGGGUUCGUGUGCAGUCUUCUCCAAGACCUGGAUCGAGAUCUCCGGUACCUCCCCACGCGACAUCGCCAAGCAGUUCAAAGACCAAGGCAUGGUCAUCAACGGCAAGAGAGAAACCUCCAUCUACAGGGAAUUGAAGAAAAUCAUCCCCACCGCGGCCGCCUUCGGCGGUGCCACCAUUGGUGCUCUGUCCGUUGGUUCUGACCUGCUGGGCACUCUGGGUUCCGGUGCGUCCAUCCUGAUGGCCACCACCACCAUCUACGGCUACUACGAAGCGGCUGCCAAGGAAGGUGGGUUCACCAAGAACCUGGUUCCAGGGUUUUCUGAUUUGAUGUGA